AGGGGGAGGGGCGAAUAUGACAGGCAGAAGAGGAGGGCUUAACAUAUGAUAAUUGUGUUAUCGACAGUAUGGACGACUCCUCCAGAACCAAAGGAGCAAUUACCUUGGUUUUAAUACUCCAAGAUACAUUGUUUAUACAUUCUACGUAGCUAAAUGGAAUGACAGCAGAGUCCAUCUCACUUCAGGGAAACUACAUUUGGAGCUGUCCUUGUGUACAGGUUGAGCUGUCACUGGAAUCUUUCAACUCAGAUGGGUCAGGCACUAUGGAGGUUGCCACCCAGACAACAGCAGCAGCUUCAGGAAGAACUUGCCGGCCGACUUGCUGACAGUGGAGGAGUAAGACGAGAGCAAGCUAGGGAUGGGCAGCCAAUUAGAAGAGUUCCCCCGCAAUGUUAUGGCCCUGACAUAUACCAUCUGCUGAAAACUCGCAGAGGAGGUAGAGAGCAACAUGGUUUUAUAGAUCUGGAGAUGCUUCCACCAGAAUUAGGCAUAACCAUAUUGUCGUACCUGAAUGCUACUGAUCUGUGUCUGGCCGGGUGUGUGUGGCAGGACCUAGGAAAUGAUGAAUAUCUCUGGCAGGGGCUCUGUAAGUCCACAUGGGGUCACUGCUCCAUCUACAACAGAAGGCUGCCUGCUGGUUUCUCAUAUAGAAGACUGUAUCUACAACUAGAUGAAGGCAGCCUUACAUUCAACGCAAACCCACAGGAGGGUAUCAGUUACUUCAUGUCUAAAGGCAUACUCGUGGAUCACCCUACAGAGCUGGCUAAGUUCAUCUUCUACACCCGACGGCUCAACUGGAAGAUGCUGAGGAUUUAUCUGGACGAAAGGCGUGACGUUUUGGAUGAGCUCGUGACCCUUCAUAACUUCAGCAAUCAGUUCCUUCCCAACGCUCUGAGGGAUUUCUUCAGACACAUUCAUGCGCCUGAGGAGAGGGGAGAGUAUCUGGAAACGCUCAUCACCAAAUUUAGCCACCGGUUUUGUAUCUGCAACCCCGGUCUUGUUCGUGAUCUGGGUCUGAGCCCUGACGCCGUGUACGUGCUGUGCUACAGUCUGAUCCUGCUGUCCAUCGAUCUAACCAGUCCUCACGUCAAAAACAAAAUGUCAAAGAGGGAGUUCAUCAGGAACACUCGGCGGGCGGCACAUAAUGUCUCGGAUGACUUUGUGGGCCAUCUUUACGACAACAUUUACCUGAUCGGCCACGUAGCGGCGUAGCUCCACCCAGCAGCUGUCUGGUACAAAAAAAAUCCUCACACUGCACCCAAGAGUAUGAACCAAUGACUGGGUUCCUCCACGUCUCUGGAAUGUUUGAAGAAAACACAUGCCUUCAAGUCCUUCCAGGAGCAUACGAACAAAUGACUUUAUUAGAUCAUUUACCGCGGCACUGUGGGAGAGACGAUGCUACCAAAAUGAUUUAUGUAAUAUUUGAAAUGUUUCUACUAAGCUAAGGCAGAGGAGGAUGGUUUAAAUUCAAACCAUUACGACACGCUCUGGCACUGCACUGAUGCCCAAGUACUACUAAAGUGGUGGAAGGAUGAAUCCUCACAACCUUUUCCCAAUGACCGUUCAGAAUCACUAACAGGACAUUUACGUUCAAGCAGAAUGUCAAUGUAUCAGCGACCGUUUUAGGAUCUCUUCUCAAAGUUGUUGAACUAGGAUAAGUCGUUGGGUAGUCCGUGUACAGCUUGUAUCACGUUACGGAUUUACUAUCCUCUGGCCCUAGUGUGUGAAUGUGAGUGUGAAUGUUGUCUGUCUAUCUGUGUUGGCCCUGUGAUGAGGUGGCGACUUGUCCAGGGUGUACCCCGCCUUCCUCCCGAUUGUAGCUGAGAUAGGCGCCAGCACCCCCCGCGACCCCGAAAGGGAAUAAGCGGUAGAAAAUGGAUGGAUGGAUGGAUGAAAUAACAACACACAGCCACAAGUGUUAUUUAGAGUUGGUACCUAUCCCUGCCUUAAACCUCUUGGGCAUAGAAUGACCACUGGUUGUUACUAAUAUCAUUAUCCACGGGGGCAAUAUACUAAUAUACUUUAUGCAGUACUAUAUAGAGUGGGUAAACAAGUAUUGGAUCCUAAAUGCCAACCACCAAACAUUCUGACCUCCGUAGACCAAUUGUGUCCAUGGAACACACAAAUUAGGAAAGUAGUCCUUAUCCCAACCCUCUAUACUAGGGGUAGGGAACCUAUGGCUCUAGAGCCAGAUGUGGCUUUUUUGAUACCUGCAUCUGGCUCUCAGAUAAAUAUUAGCUUCAAUAUUGCUUAACACGAUAAGUAAUGAAUAAUACUGCUGGUAGUCAGUGUUAAAAAUAACAUUAAGAAUAUAAACAAUUCUAAUGCACCUUAAUCCGUGAAUCCGUUUUUUUUCCGCACCUGUUCAUUUAUGGUAAGAAGUAUUUUAUUUAUUAUUGGUUAACUUCAGAAUAACAAUGUUAUUAAAAAGAAUAAAUGACUUGUUCUACUCUAAAAAUGUUGGUCUUACUUAAAAAUGCACACAUUUAGUUGUAUUUACUGUUAUAAAAUAUUUUACGUCUCACGGAAAUACAUUUUAAAAUAUUUGGCUUUAAUGGCUCCCUCAACCAAAAAGGUUCCCGACGCCUGCUCCAAAUAGACAAAAAAUAGUCCAAAAAAAGUAUGUUCCGCUCAACCUCUCUCCCACCAUGGGCAGGACUAAAGAACUGUCAAAUAACUGAAUGGAAUAUAUUAUAAACCUGCUCAAGACUGGAAUUGACUGCAAAACAAUCAGGAGGAAGGUUUGGGAAGUUAGACACCUGGAUGAUACAGACUCGGCUCGGGAGAAUGUGAUGUGGUCACAUGACACCAAAAUGGAGCUCCUUGUAAACAAGGGCACUCAAAAAUGUUUGGAGGCAGAAAAAUGCUGAAUAUGAACCAGUGACAUGGAGGUGGAUACAUUUGCCUCGGGAAUGUUUCUUUGGCCAAAAUCCCUCCUGAGAUGUUUGCAUGCUGACCAACUGCAAGAAACAUCUGACAAAAAUAUCAGAACUUGAUGAAAUAUUUUUUUUGUACUUUUUCCCAUAAAGAACUGUAGCUAUCCACCACAAUUAUCUGAUUGUAGGCAAGACUAAAUGAUCGUUGUACUUACUAGACGAGUACACAAGCUGUACAUUGACUACUCUAAAAUUAUUCAUGUUCAAUUUGUUAGUAUAGUUCCUAGAGAAGAUAUACUGUGAUACAAAUACACUCUUGUGAGUAAGCAUGGCUUGAACUUCUCUUCCCACUAAGUGGUUUAUAAAAGAUAGCUAUUGUCUCAAAGUUAAACUGUGAUAUAGUUAAUUACUCUAAUCAACCUUGAGUGUAACAAUCGGAUGAAACCCAACAAGACACAUUUAUAUUAAUGACUAUCAACUGAAAAGCUAUUUAUAUAACAUAUACGAGCUAGUUAUAGCUGCUAGUUGAAUACUUUGGAUGCAUUUUUGUGACACAGUUCACGAGGAAAAAGUGAACACUAAAUUGUACAAUUUGGUGAUGGAUGUUAAUCUGCUUCAUCGAGAAGACGUCAUUUGUUAGAAAUUAUACUGACAAUUCCCAGUGGUUAUAAAUGCACUUUUUGACCAUAACGAAGAAUAAUAUUGUUUCCUUAAUCCGGUUCAAAUGUUGUUCAGUUUCAUUGCAAACAUUCACCAUGAACUGGCAAAGUCAAGGAGACUUAAAUAUUUCACCAUUUUUACAAUGCAGUGUGUCAUUUUUUUGUUAAGGAGAUGGCCUCUUUAUUAAGGCAACACUACAUUGCAUAGCAGCAGCAAUAUACUUAGUUAACAUAAUAUAUUAAUUGUUUAAGGAACGCCAUAGAUUAGAAAUGGACUUCUUAAUAACUAAGAGAGUUGGAACAAAUUAGUCAACUGUAGCUUCUGUUCAUGUAAAUCAAAGGUGUCCAAAGUUUUGCAUAUAUGAAACUAUAAGCAUGCCAUUAAAUUCGCCAUUGUGUUAUUCAAACAAGGUGCAUGUCAGCUUUGUGUUUAACAUUUCCACUUUUCCUUUUGACAUUAAACCUUUUUAUUCCCCCCCUCCCCCCCACCCAAUUGUUGAGCGGAUUAUUUUUCGGUAGUAAAAAAAUAAGCAGGCAACUCUUUGGACACCCCUGAUAAAGGGCAAUUAUUAUGAGGCUACUAGUGAAUUAUCAAUAAACACACUUAAUGUUGUUCCAAAGUUAUUUAACAUUUUUCUUUGAAUGUCGUUAUAUAUAUAUAUAUUUAUAUUUAGCUGCUGUCAUGACACUAAAGGUUGCUUUUUUGGAAUGUAAAUCCUAUUAGUUUUGUCCCUUUCUCACACCGAUGAAGGAUAGGUUGAAUAAAUUAUGAACACAA